AGUGAAAGGCAAAGGAAGGACGAGAAGGGAGUGUGCCAUUCACUUUGUGCGCACGCACCUGUACUCCCAGGGAUUUUGUUUUCGGUGACAAUCGAGUUUACAUCUGAGUGAUUUUCCCGCCGCACGCCUCUUUACAAGUCAGCUCCCAGACGCCGGUUGUUGUCGUUAUCCCGGUCGGCGAGGCGGUGAUGUCGUGGGACUGCGGUCUGAGGCACAUGUUCUCCGCGCCCCCUUCUCUGCAGCCGGGCAGCAUGUGCAUCGUGCAUGAUAAGGAGGAAGUGUCCAGAUUAGAGAUGGUCCAGAGACUGGCCAAGGAUGGUUGCCGCUUCCUGCAGAAUCACAGCAAGGGCCUGCAAAGGACAAGUGAGCCUGUACAGAGUGACGAAGCAGUGCGCGUGCAGGAGCGGGGCCGCUCCGUUUUGGUCCUCCGGAGGAUGGCGUCACAGCCAGCAAGGGGAGGAGGGAAGCGGGAGGAGGAGGAGGAGGCGGUGAGGAACAGGAGGUUCACGGUGGUGUCAGGGACCCCAGAGAAAAUCCUGGAUCACCUGCUGAAUGACCUGAAGCUGGAGGAGGACCAGGUGGCCACAGAGGGCAAAGACACAGACACACUUUUGGAUGACUUUCUGUUGACCUACCCAGUGUUCAUGUCAACCAGCGAUUUAUGCCAAGCUCUUCUGGGACAUUACUGCUGCAAGCGUUGCCGAGAGAAAGAGGACGCAAAGGAGGCUCUGGAGAGGAAGCAGAAAGUGGCAUACCUGGUGUCACAGUGGAUGCUUCUCUGCAAAGACCUUCUGAGAGAGGACGAGCAUGUGAAAGUGUUCAUGAAGACUUUGUACCACUAUAUGCUGGACGACCUUUACGAGCACCCCGCCUUGCAGAGGGAUUUGAAGGAGUUGCAGAAGCUCUACCAGCUGCAUCGGAGGCACACGGUGGAGGAAUAUUCCCCACAAAGAAAGAGCAAAGCACUUUCCCACCAAUUAAGCCUGAAAGAGAACGGGGUCCUGUCCAGGGCCACGCACAGACAGACCAAGGAAGAAUACUCGGUGUUUGCAGUACCAUGCCACGUGUACAUCACGAUGGAUUCCUACCUGAGCAUGAGGACCCAUCCUGGAGCUGUGGCACAGGAUUUGCUACAAGCCGUGGCUGAGAGGAUGGGUGUCUCCCAGUGUGAACUGGUGCUGGUGGCCGUCACUUAUCCUGGAGGCAGGCUCCUACUGCAGCCUCACGACACACUUUUCUCCCCCUCCCUGCAGCCGGUGGGAAGACUACAUGUUUGCCGAAAGGACCUGGGUGAAGUUCUGAACCCGUUUACAGAAAACUCUAAACUGCAACAGAGGACCGCCCACAUGCUUAGCUUAAACACAUGGAAUGUCGCUGUAGCUUUCAGCAACAUUGACUGGAGCAUCUUUGAUUCCAUUCACGAGCAAGAGCUGAUUUACUUCACCUUCAGGCGUCAUUCUAAUGGAAACCAAACGGUGGCAUUGGAGUUGCUACUUCAGCGCUUCAAUGAGAUCCAAUUGUGGGUGAUGACUGAAGUGUUAGUGUGCACGGCGCUCUGCCAAAGAGUCCAGCUUAUCAAGAAGUUCAUCAAGAUAGCUUCCCACUGCAAAGCACAAAGAAACCUCCACUGUUUCUUUGCCAUUGUAAUGGGCCUGAAUACAGCUGCUGUCAGCCGUCUCAGUCAGACGUGGGAGAAAAUUCCUGGGAAAUUCAAAAGGCUGUUUUCCGAGCUGGAGAGUAUCACAGAUCCCUCGCUGAACCACAAAGCCUACAGGGACACCUUCAAGAAGAUGAAGGCGCCAAAGAUCCCCUUUCUUCCUCUGCUCCUUAAAGAUAUCACAUUCAUCCACGAGGGCAACAGGACAUUUCAUGAUAAUCUCGUGAAUUUUGAAAAGCUGCACAUGAUAGCAGACACGGUCCGCCUCAUCAGACAAUGUCAGAAGGAUCAUUUGGCAAAUGACAUGAGCCCAAAGACCAGUGCAGAUGUGCGCGCUUACAUGGACAACCUUCAUAUCAUCGACAAUCAGCAGACCCUCUUUGAACUGUCACACAGGCUGGAGCCUCGGACUUGAAAGGGAAGACAUGUUAGUUACUGUAGCCUUCUAAUCAACUCAGGACCAUGUCAGCAAUCCGAGGGCAGGCAACUCAACGGCCACCAGAGAGCGCUGGUCAAUCAGAAAAAAUUGUUAUCCGACACAGGAAAAAAGACAAAUGGAAGCGUUGGGUUUUUUUUACCGCGUCUUUUUGUAAAGGUUCACCACAGUCCAUCCAUACAGACAUAACAUAUAGCAUAUUUUAUUUUAUAUAUUAGCUUUAUAUCCAAGUUGCUGCCGUAGUGGUACAUAGAGGGACAGGCUAAACUGUUGCUAUUACUAAUAUGUCCAUCAGGUGGCAGCAUUCGGAGAAUGGAACUGAUAGUUUAUGUUUCGCCAACUGUUUAGCAUCAUAGCUGUCACGGCACAAAACAAAAAAAUGUCACAAAUGUCAUACAUACUGAAGUAAUUAUGUCUCAAUUGUAACCACAUUUACUGACUCCUUGUAAAAUCUUAACAGAAAGUUAUUAACAUCCUGUUAUGGACCUGGAAAAAAUAGAUACACAGGAUAAUUGCAACUUUUUCCAUCUAUUGGAAAAACAUUUAACUGCCCUGCCUGGCACUAUAUGUUGCUGACACAUAUGAACAAUGAUGUGGGAUAAUUUGGCAAAAAUAAAUAAAUACAUAAAAUAAAAAUAAAGGAACCACUGAAAUAAAAUUGGAUAAUUGGUUUAGCCGACAAAAUACAACCAGGUAGAAAUGCAACACUUUUGAUUGUCUCCCUAAAACCAUUUAUCUCGCAGACGACCAGCUACUAAUAAUUAUUAAGAUGACAGAAUGACUAUUGACAAAUACUGAUUUAAUUCAAGCAAAGAGUAUUUUGGUAAAGAUGUAUUUUGUUAUUUUUGAUUGUGGAGGGAGUCAUAACUAAAUGAAUAGCAUCCAAGUCUUGCUGCACAUUUAUAAAUCGAUCUGAAAGUUACUUCUGUUUUUAUUGUGCAAUGUGUGAUUAGGUCAGGAUUACCAAUUUACAUUAUAACUGGCAGUGCAGAACGUUGUGAAAACAUGUGAGUGCAAAGGCAAGUACACUGUACCAUUUUAAAAAAUCCCCAUUCAAAAAUAUGCUGUUGGACAAUCAGUAUAAUUAAGCAGCAAACACCCUCAUUAACAUCAAUCUAUAUUGUAUUCAGAAUUCUUUCUUUCAGAAGGGAAUAAUAAAUGCACUGUUAUAAUUGUCCUUAGAGUGCCACAAAGCCGAGCGAAUUUCAAGGAUCUAAUUUCAUUGACAUAAAUGGUGUAGGGAGGAGUUGUUGGAAGAAGAUGUGAACUGGCCCCCAAGCCGCAUACAAAGGAAAAUGUGAGGUAGAAAUAUUGAAGCACUUUCAGGAGGUUCUGCAUAUAGUUAGUGAGAAGUCAUUAAAGAAAAAUCUACAUAUCGUAACUUAAAACAACUCGUUGCUGCUGCUUGAUCUAUCUAUCUUGAGUUCAGACUCAGUAGAAUGUACAUUAUAAACAGGCAUAUUAAACAAGGCAUAUUUUUUUGUAUUUAUACUGUAGUCAUAGAAUGUUCGUGCAUAUUGUAUUUAUUUGUUUCAGAAUAAGUUAUUUCUCUUCUGUGAAAUUACUCCGUAAGAUUCUCUUGUGCGGUUUUGACUGGUCUGUGUGACAUGGCAAACCAUAGAUUGACCCAGUGUGCACCUAAUAAAAUAUUUUUCAUUAAAUCAA